AUGACCAUGUCGCAUCUACUGAAGCAGACGAAAAAAUGCUGUGCGAAGAUCAUUCGCAAGCUGUCCUUCAAUCCGGCCUCUACUACGAACGGAAGCAGUGCUGCAGAUCAGUCGCCCACCAACAAUGGGCAUGGGCUGAACAAUCGCAUAACGGCCAAGUAUGUGCUGCACAAAAACUGUACACCAACCCGGUGUAAGGUUCAGCCAAGAGACACGAGCGUCGUGGACGAUGCUGCUGUCGAGGGUUGGAUGGAAACGCGAAUGGCACAGGAUGGCGGGUUCUAUGCGCUAGGUGACGGAGGAUCUCCGAAUCCAUCCCCACCGCCCAUUCCCGAAACACAGAACAACUACAAACUGAGUCGCAGCAUGAAGAAUCUGCCCAAGAAGCGUACCAACAUCACGAGCAACAAGAACGUCAACCUUCGCAAGUGCUUCCGGCUACGCUCGAAAACCUUCGACGGACCACUAACGGAGGGCGAAACGGUGAGGACGACGUCCGAAACACUUGGCAGCUCUCCCUCCAUCGUUGAGACUGGUGUGGGUGAACGGCGGGAGGUAGUGGUCGCCGACUCGAUGACCCUAGCGAGUAACAACAGCAGCAGCCGAUUGCUCGGUGCUAAGCUGGAUAAGAUCAGCAAAAGCCUGAUGCGUGCUGGUGACGGGGAAGGAUCGUUGGACAUUGCGAAACCUCUCUUCCUGUCCGCGAGUAAACAUCGGCGUAGUAACUACAAUCACAUCGAAGGUGAUGACGAGGACACGGUGCGGGAUGAAGAUGAGAGUCAGCGUCAGGCACGCUGGAGACAAGACGAAGAGCUAGUCCUCACGUCUGCCGCCAGUACAACCACCCUGGGCAGGAGAGAACAACGGUUAGAACAAGAGACGACCCUGUCGACGAUGGUGGAGGAAGAUCCUGCUGGACAGACGCCGUCGGUGAUGGAGCGACUUACGGUUGCUGAAACGGCUGCAGCACUUCUCUUCGAGAAGGUUAAGUACGACCGUACCAAGCGGUACCUGAUCGAUCAGCUUACGGACGCUGCCGGAGAGCGCGGUGGUACACCGAGCUCAUCAUCCUGCUGUUCGUCACCGUUCCAUCUGGCGAAAAGUGAUGAUUUUGUCGAUCCGUGGAAGAACUACAACAUCCGUGGUGGUGCCAGCUGGGACAAGGUAUCCAAAAGUCCAUGGGAUUCUUCCGCCAAACCGAGCCCAGUUCGUGGCGAUCACUGUAAGGCGCCUUCAUCAGCCCAAACGUCCCUGGACAUCGCGCAACAGCAGCAGACACCCCAGCACCCAACCAUCCCCGCUUAUCAACCGAUGCGUACACACUGGAACCCGUUCGAGUAUUCGCCGGCUCAUCUGGCGAGGCUUACUGGUGGGUCCCAGCAGACACCAUCUCCACAGCACCACCACCACCAGCAGUACCGACCGGCAUUCCAGGUGCAAACGGACGUUUGGGAGAAUCUCAACAGCAAGCACUACGAGAUCGACACGGAUGUGGUGUGGCGGUCGACACGCUGCUCGUCCCGACGUACCAGCGCCAGCACGGUGGAGACAUGGAUCGACGACGAAACGUUCGAUAACUCGUUCAACGAGGAGCUCGAGCGUCGCUGUGCAACACUCAAGAUCUGUGAGUGA